AAUCCGGUUAAAUUUAUCGAAUUGGAAUUUGGAAGUUAGGGUUGUAGUUGUAGACGAUCUCAAUCACUCCCUUCUUCUUCCUCUCCAAGAAAAUAAUCUCUCUCCCCCUCUCUCAAACAAACCCACAUACUUUCCCCCAUAUACACUCCAUUCCCCUUUUACAACUAUCUCUCUCCCUCCAAAUACUCUCUCCCUCUCUCCAAUCUCUCUCUCUCCAAAUACUCUCUCCAAUCUCUCUCUCUCAGGAACUGAGCAGGCAAGAUGAUGAUCAGGAUCAGAAGCAGGGACGGGCUGGAAAGAGUAACGAUAGACAACCCAAACAUCACAAUCUCCCAACUCAAAACCCUCAUCGAAACCCAACUCAGAGUCCCCAUUUCUAACCAAACCCUCUCCACCAAUCAAAACCUCUUACUCUCCAAAACCCCCCAAGAUUUCACCCAAUUCACCGAUAUGUCCAAUCCCCACCUGCCCAUCUCCUCAUUAGGCCUCUCCCACGGCUCAAUUUUGUAUCUUGCUUACGAAGGCGAGCGGACCGUUGUUGGCCCUGCUGUUAAGGCAGCUCCUGCUGGCUCUUUUGGGAAAAAAAUGACUAUGGAUGAUUUGAUUGCGAAGCAAAUGCGGGUUUCGAGGCAGGAGAACCCGCAUUGUGAGAUGGUUAGUUUUGAUAGGGAUACCGCGAAUGUGUUUCAGAGCUAUGUGAAUGAGACGAUGGCAUUUGGGGUUAAGAGGGGCGGGUUGAUGUAUGGGGUUGUGACGGAAGAAGGGAAGGUUGAGGUUGAUUUUAUUUAUGAGCCUCCGCAGCAGGGAGGGGAGGAGGGGUUGGUUUUGAUGAGGGAUGAAGGGGAGGAGAGGAUUGUGGAUGCGAUUGCGUUGGGGUUGGGGAUGAGGAGGGUUGGGUUUAUUUUUACGCAGACUCUUAGUCAGAGUAAGUUUGAUUAUACGUUGUCGAGCAGGGAGGUUUUGCAGGCUGCGGAGUUGCAAGGAGAGAGUGAGUUGAAGGAGUGGGUUACUGCUGUUGUGAAGCUGAAGGUGAAUGAGGAUGGUGGUGCUGAUGUGCAUUUCGAGGCGUUUCAAAUGAGUGAUACUUGUAUAAAGUUGUUUAAAGAAGGGUGGUUUGAGACGGAUAUUAAGGACGGUGAUGAUCCUAAGUUGUCGAAAAUGAAGAAGGAUGUGGUUGUUGGGGUGAAAGAUACUAAGGAAGUUGAUAAUGAUUUCUUCUUGGUUGUUGUCAAGAUUUCCGAUCAUCAGGGCCCUCUUUCAUCUACAUUUCCUAUCGAAAACAGGAAUGCGCCCGUGACACUGAGAGCACUAAAGAGCCAUCUGGAUCGAACAAAAAAUCUUCCAUUUGUUAAGCGAAUUUCCGAUUUUCAUCUGCUUCUGUUGGUGGCCAGGUUUCUAGACGUAAAUGCUGAUGUUCCAGCGUUGGCCCAGUGCGUGCAAGUACAGGGUCCUGUACCAGAAGGUUACCAGCUUCUGAUCGAGUCCAUGGCUACGGCCUCUUGAUCAUAUUGUCUGACUGUUCACUCAGUGAGCAAAUAUGAUCACACUUAGUAAAUGCCUUUAGCCAAGUUGGAUGCCGCCCUCAAAGCCUUUUUUAUAAUGUUUGGACUUAAUUUCGACUUCAUACACACAAUUAUGUAACCUAAAUACAUAAUGUUAAUGCCUUUUAUUACUGGUAUCUGGAUUGAGUAGUGUUAGUUAUCUCAAA